GUUCUAGACGUGCGUUAGUGCUGUAAAUUCACCACAUCCAUGCGUUUAUUAUUCGACUAAGACAGAAAAUAAUGUGACAAUGACUGAUCAAACAAAUGAUCAACUAACACGGAAUAUUGUGAAGUUAAUUCUGUACAGCUUGGCAGUAUUGAUUAACAACUGGCUUCUCUUUGUACUUUGGCGUGAUCCAUUAAAACGACUUCGCAACUUUCCCUCGCUUAUCAUUGCUAAUUUGGCAUUGGUUGAAAUCGUUGGGGCUAUUGGUGGACUCGGACAAACCACAGCCAUAUUUGUGUGUGCAAAAGACCUUUCAUGCGUCGAUAUCCAUAAACUAUUCGCUUGUAUACAAACUAUCGGCCUACAGAACUCAUUUGUCUUCAUAGCUCUACUGGCUUUUGAUCGUUUUCUCGCAAUAAGCUCUCCCUACAGAUAUCAAGUUAUAUUUGGUAAUAAAUACAUUCGUGCCUUUAUUUGCAUCUCCGCUUGGGCUACAGGCUUGAUUUUAAGUCCUCUGGUACAUUAUGUGGAGUUAAAUAAAAAAGGCCAGACAUUCGUCUUGCACCAACUUUAUGUCGCUGACGUUACCAUUCUGGCUGUGAUAACUGCAGUGUUAUACCCGCUUAACUAUUACAACUAUUUGCGCAGAAAACGACUUCUAAACGCAUCGCUUCACCGGGAACAUGCAAUGGAGGAUCUUCGGCUAGCUCAACAAAUGAAUGUAAGUGCCAUGAUUGUCGCUACAGUCUUUUUUACUGCAUUGGCGCCUUAUGCAAUAGUGCUGGUGUACACCAUGAAAGAUUGCAUAAAAUGUCUAACGAAUAAAACGUUCUAUAACUUUUGGGUUAACUAUCAAGCGGUGAUAGCCGUCGUAUUGUUCAUACAUCCUAUCAUCUAUGCCUGGAGAUUGCCACUUUACAGAAAUUCCUCUAUAGCUGUCGGGAAACAACUCCUGAAUAUGAUUUCCUCAAACAAAAGAUCCACCAACUCUAUGAAUCGUUUGAGCAUCAGCAAUAGCAGCAGAAGCAGAAUCCAGUUCACAAGUUCCACGGCAAUAAACGAUGUUUACGUCUAAAGCGAGAAAUCUUCCUUAAACUUAAUUACUGAUUCUCUCUAAUCUUACGCCUUGUUUUCACUAUACCGGAUUCGCAUUGCCACGACAUUAAAAUUAGCCAUUUCAGAGUCAGAUUUAAUUUACCCCCACAAAUAUGAUAACAUGCAUGAUUGCUUUAACAAUAUGUGUUUUCAGGUAAUUGCACUGAUGCCGGGUUAGUGGAC